CUGAGCCGCCGCCGCCGAUCGCGCCGGAGCCGCCGCCGCCGCCCCCCGCGCCCAGCAUGGUAAUGGCCGAGCCCCGGCGGCCCCCCCCGCUGCUGCCCCGCGGGCUCGGGCCCGUCCGCGUCGGCUUCUACGACAUCGAGGGCACGCUGGGCAAAGGCAACUUCGCCGUGGUCAAGCUGGCGCGGCACCGCAUCACGCGCAGCGAGGUGGCAAUAAAAAUCAUCGACAAAUCUCAGCUGGAUGCUGUGAAUCUGGAGAAGAUCUACCGAGAAGUGCAGAUAAUGAAAAUGCUUGAUCACCCACACAUUAUAAAGCUCUACCAGGUAAUGGAGACCAAAAGCAUGUUGUACCUUGUGACAGAAUUUGCCAAAAAUGGAGAAAUCUUUGAUUACCUCGCUAGCCAUGGCCGUCUGAGUGAGUCUGAGGCCAGGCGCAAAUUCUGGCAGAUCCUGUCAGCAGUGGAGUAUUGCCAUGGUCGAAAGAUUGUUCACCGUGACCUGAAGGCUGAAAAUCUUCUGCUUGACAACAACAUGAACAUCAAAAUCGCAGAUUUUGGAUUUGGCAAUUUCUAUAGCAGCGGUGAGCCUCUGACAACGUGGUGUGGAAGCCCACCGUAUGCAGCCCCAGAAGUCUUUGAAGGACAGCAGUACGAGGGACCCCAGCUGGAUAUCUGGAGCAUGGGUGUAGUGCUUUAUGUUUUGGUCUGUGGAGCAUUGCCUUUUGAUGGACCAACGCUCCCCAUACUGAGGCAACGAGUUCUUGAAGGAAGGUUCAGGAUCCCUUACUUUAUGUCAGAAGAAUGUGAACAUCUGAUUAGGAGAAUGUUGGUCCUAGACCCAUCCAAACGGUUAACUAUUGCUCAGAUUAAGGAGCACAAGUGGAUGCUUAUAGAAGUUCCUGCACAGAGACCCAUUCUUUAUCCACCAGGAGAGGAGAAUGAGCCUUCCAUUGGAGAGUAUAAUGAGCAGGUCUUACGGCUAAUGCACAGCCUUGGAAUAGACCAACAGAAAACUGUUGAGUCUCUGCAGAACAAGAGCUAUAACCACUUUGCUGCUAUCUAUUACUUGUUAGUGGAAAGACUCAAAUCACAUCGGAGUAGCUUCCCCGUGGAACAGAGACUUGAUGCUCGCCAGCGGCGGCCAAGCACCAUCGCUGAGCAGGCAGUAGCCAAGGCACAAGCUGUGGUACCCUCAGUUAACUUGCAUUCACAAAGUGCAAGGCUGUUGCAGUCUCCAGGUCUUACUUCAGCUUCAGGAACAGAAGCCUUUUCAUUCCCUCCAUCCAGCUGCCAGGGAGAGACGGCAUUUAUGGAGGAAGAAAGAGUUGAGACUCCAAAGGUAAAUGGCUGCCUGCUCGAUCCCGUGCCUCCUGUGGUGAUUAGGAAAGGGUGCCAAUCAUUGCCUACCAGCAUGAUGGAAACUUCUAUUGAUGAAGGAAUAGAGACAGAAGGAGAAUCAGAAGAUGACCCUGCACAGGCAUUUGCAGCCCUUCGAGCAGCUCGCUGUGGGAAGCGACGUCACACCCUGGCAGAAGUUACCAACCAGCUGGUGAUGAUGCCAGGCACAGGAAAAGUGUAUUCAUUGGAUGAAAACUCAUCUCUGGGCAGUAUUGAAUCAGAGUAUGACAUGGGAUCCAUUCACAGAGAUAUUAAAUUCCUGGAGGACACCCCUUCCUUGAAAGAAAUGGUGCUAACCAGCCAACAAACAGCCAGAAUGACCCCACCUUUCAUAGGUCUGAGACCUGCCAAUCCAGCCAUGCAGGCACUCACCUCCCAGAAGCGAGAGACCCACAACCGCUCUCCUGUCAGUUUCCGAGAGGGGCGCAGAGCUUCUGACACCUCCCUCACACAAGGAAUUGUAGCAUUCAGACAGCACCUCCAGAACCUGGCACGAACCAAAGGAAUCCUGGAGCUGAACAAAGUCCAGUUGCUGUAUGAACAGAUGGGACCAGAAGAAGAACCUUCUCUGGCAUCAACUGCCACCCAGUUGCAGGACCUCAUUAAUAGUCCUCCCCAGGAGGAAGCAUCUCACCAGCAGCAAGAAGCUGCAUCUGCUUUCCCUAAUGGUGCACAUCCUCCGUUAUUAUCCAGACGGCAGAGCUUAGAAACACAGUACUUACAACAUAGGCUCCAGAAACCCACUCUACUAUCAAAAGCUCAGAAUACUUGCCAGCUAUACUGCAAAGAAUUGCCCCGGAGUCUGGAACAGCAGUUACAGGAGCACAGGCUGCAUCAGAAGAGACUCUUUCUCCAGAAGCAGUCCCAGCUGCAGGCCUAUUUUAACCAGAUGCAAAUAGCUGAGAGCUCAUACCCAAGGUCAAGUCAACUGCCACUUUCAUGCCAGGAGGAGGAGCAGCAGCAGCAAGCAACCCAGUUCGGCUUGCAGCAGCCUCUGAGCCCUCUGAUGGAGCCUUCCUCAGAACAAAUGCAAUACGACCCCUUCCUCGGUCAAUAUCAGAAGGUACAGCUGGAUACGUUGCCAUCCUCCCAGAUCACCAGCUCAUCGCGCUUGUCAUCACCAGUUCAGGUGCAGCAGCCAGCCAAGUCCUUACAAUACUCAUAUCAGACUUCUGAAUUGCCUGUUGUCACCUCUUCUGAGCCAGACUAUCCAGACCAGUGCCAGUAUUCCAUGGACCCAGCACAACAGAGCAGUGUAGCAUUGCCUGACAGCCAGAGCAGCUCAGCAUCUCACGAGUCCCAGUCAAACUAUGAUGCAUUAACCCUCUCGGAAUUGCCUGGACUCUUUGAUUGUGAAAUGAUGGAGACUGUAGAUCCCCAGCACAGUGGCUAUGUCCUGGUGAAUUAAUACCAUGGGGUGACUAAGCUGAGAGUGGAAGAGAAGCAUGUGAAUUUUUGGUUUUUAUUCCCACCCCAAACUUCAUGGUCAUUUUUCAGCCCUUGAAUUAACAGGGGCACUAAAAAUCCACCUGACCAGAAAAAAAAAGGAGGAGGUGGCAAGAAAUGUUUGGUUACUGGCUCCUCUUGCUGGUGGCAGGGGCUAGAGAAUGGAUAGUGCAGUUUCAUCCCACAAAGAACUAGUUUGCGUAGGAGGCGGCAAAAAGAGUGAAUUUUAGAGGAAGGAAGUAGCCCCUUCUGAAAAAAUAAAUCAGGGAGUUUGUCAGCAUUCCUCUAGCGUUCACUGGGAGAAACAAGUUUAAGUGCACAUUGCAUCAUACUCAUUGGCAAUAAAAGCAAUAGUUUUCAUUGAAAUUCAGGGUAGAUUUUGGUCUGCGCUGACGGCGCCUCGAGUACCCUUGAAACAGUAGCGUAAGGUAGAAUUAAAGGAAAGUUGCACUUUGGCAUCCAAUUGCUGGUUAAGCUACUGAUCUGGAACUACUCUAGGGUAAACCUCUGAGAUCACCAGGCAUCUCAGGCAGCCUUCACUUCCUCCUGCUAGCAAGUAAACAGUAUUUCCCAAACCUGCCAAGGAACUCUUAAUCGUCCACUAAGGGAAACUUCUGGAUCUCUAAGUGAUGUCUUGACUUUGUCAAAAGAUACCUGGAAGUGACACAGAGCACCACCGUGGUUUGUAGAGAAUACUAAAGGAUAAAGGAUUAGCUAACAGAGAUACAGAGGUGAGAAGCACCAUGAGAAAAAUAAAGAUCAGCAUUUAAACAGAAAAAAAGUCCACCUGGGUGGCUUUUGAAAUCACCCCCUUUUGCAGGCAGGCCUGUGUGGAUCCGAUCACUGGGUAGGGUCCAUCUGUCCUUCCAUGGCAUUCGAAAAAGCAAACAAACCAUGUUUUGAACUUUCAGUAUGUGUUGCUGGUGGUUUAUUGAGCUUUGUAUAUUUGGACACUUAUUUAGGGUUUAGAACUUAAGGAUAAAAACAAUGAGCUUAAAACAACCCCUGUGAAGUGAUAGUGCUGUGCCUUUUUCAGUUCUUUAUCAGCCUAUAUGCUUUUUUCUGAAGAAAGUAGACAAUACCCCAUUUAUAUCUUUGCUAUAGCCAAAGUCCCUUCAGAGCACACGUUCCACCAUGUGGAAUAUAAUGUUGAACUUUCUUAGUGUUUUGAUUACCUGUGUGUAUAUAACAUUGGAAGUAUUACAGCAAUACUUAGCAUCACGAGCUGUUGAUGUAUCAACCAUUUCAAGAAACACCAAACUCAACAAGCAGUUGCAUCUCCAGACCUUUUGGUCACCAAAUGCAAGUCAUAGGAGGAUUGCUUAGGAAUCUGCAGAAGUUUAGAUCUCUAGUUUGGGUUUUGGCUCUAGCCUUGAAGUACUGUGGGACAUUACAGGAUGACAGACAAAUGAGGCUCCCAGCUAGACAGUUCAGCUGUCUUCUGAGGAAACAUUAAGCACAAUCACAUCUUAAUUAAAGCACAAGGAAUGGCAGAGAAACUGUGCUGAUUGCAUAUGUAGAAAAACACCACUGUUUGCUGGAAACUUGGGUGAGCUGAGGUCUUUGAUACUAAAAACAAUGAGGGUGUAGAAAGGUGGAAAAAGCCAACAUUUACAGCAAUAAGACCAUAUUUAAAUGUGGAAAAGUAGGACUUCUGCCACUGCAUUCCUCUAUGAAGAAGGGAAGGCUUUAACAAGUGACAGAAUACACCUUGCUUCCUGUAUGCUACAAUUAGAGAGGCAACUCCUGGUUGUUGCUCUGUAGCCUGCUCUGAUUACGGUCCAGUUGUGCAGCUAGACUCAGUCCCUAACUGCUCAGCUUCUACCUCUGAUCUCACAGCGAUUUCUCAAGGCAUCAGCUAAGGGGAGCUUAGAGAAUGGGGAGCACAUCCACAAACUACUUAGGGGAUGCAAGAUAAAGAGGGCUAGAAAGCUCUACUUUAAAUAGCUGAGAUGGAAAACGUUUCUAGUGUGUGGUUUCCCUUCAAAAGGAAAACACAUCUGACACAGUAAACAGCUGUGGAACACAGAAACCCCCGACACCUUCACUGUCAAACAAGGCCAGGGAAACAGCUUGACAAAUACUGCAGCGUAACAGGCCAGGCAUUUCAGCCCUGCAGAAAAGGAAAAGAGGCAAAGAAGAGUUCCAUCCUUUCAUUCCUUCUUCCCUACCCCACAGCAUAAUAAACACAUGAAACUUUAUUAUCAGACUAAGCGCUCGAGGAACUAUGCAGUGAAAAACUGCUGACGGGACACACAGCACCUAUGGAGACCAACCCCGUUCUGCUCUAGGAGCUGGGCUACUGCCAUAACUGUAACCACUUCCUUCCCCAGCCAACUCCAGGUUACUGUACACUUUAGGACUCAAAGCCAGGAAUAAUUCUGCUCCUGAGUUCCACAAUUCAUUCAUCAGGAUGUGCCAACUACUGUAAGCUCCUUUGAGCUUUGCAGUGCUGGUAAAGGGGAAGCUACGGUGUUUCUUAGUGCAGUUUAAACUGACUCUUCCCCUCAACCAAAAGCCUAUUUAACAUUUCAUGUUAUUUCCUUUAAGCCAAUUAGUAUAAAAGGCUCCUCGUGCCUUCUAAUGUGGCCGAAUAUCCAUUGGGCACCACUUCGUACUACUUGGAAGCGUCUUUUUCCUUCAACUGUGUUACGUCUAACAAGAGAACUGUGUACACUACUGUUAGAGUAAUGAGUAGCUUUAUUAUCUUGUAUGACAGACUCCUUUGAAGAGACUUUGGUGUGAUGUACAUGGGGUAAAAAUUUCACAUGGAGAAAAGUGCAAUAUGUGUGUGUGUGGUACGUUCUUUAAUGUAUUUUUUUAAGAAGUUAAAGGGUUUAGUCUCUGCUUUGGGAUAAAUGCACUAGUUUUGUGAGCUCCAGUUGGGCAACUUCAUCUGUAGUAUUUACAUGCAACUGAUAUGCUGGACUCUGUAAAGCAAUGACAGUGUAUUAAUACAAAAUAAAUAUGUGCAUUUCACUUUUAAAUA